AUGGCGCUCAAAUUUGAGGCGACCUUCAUCAGCAUGAAGACAACCGAGCCGGCAAAGAAGCGCUCCCAGAGUUUACCAGCGCCUCCAGGACGUUCCGGAGCCUCCUCCACCACAGACAAGGACAGUGUGGGGCAGGUUCAACGCUACCUGGACCAGUUGAUGGACCGGGCGGAGAACCUGCGCCCCGAGGAUCAAGACGGGCAGGAUGAGGAGGAAAUGGCUCCGGAGCGCAAUGUGGAAGAGGUUCAAGAGGAGGAGGAGAAAGCCACCAGCCAGGGGAGUUUUGGGCAUCCCGAAAUGUGUCGACGGCCCUGCAUUUACCUUCAAAAGGGCGACUGCGCAGAGGGAGCCAACUGUGGCUACUGCCACGACGCGCACCACGAGCGCUCCAAGAAGCUGGACAAGAGGCAGAGGGAAUUUCUUCGCAGCUUGGAUGACUCCAGCAUCCUGGCCUUACUCCUCCCACAUCUUCGCACCAGGGCCCGCGAGGCGACACUUCCAGAGACAGAAGCCAGAGAGGUCCUGUCUCUCCUCGAGCGCAAGCUGGCUACUUUGGCUCCAGCCACGGCUCCGGCCGCUCCCAUGUGGCAGCUGUCAAGGCUCAACAAGGUCUUGAAGAAGCUGACUUUUAUUCGGUUGAUGCGCCUGGCCGCGUGCCAUGAGCUCCCCGACGUCGACGAGGCCCUGGUCCGACUCCAGGAGGCCUACAGCAUCAACCUUGCUUAG